CGGCGAGCCAAUCAGCGCGCAGCAUAUGUUGCAGCUGGAGACCCCGUCGAUCCUUUCAUUCUGCAAUAUCCGCCAAACACACAAGAUGCUUCGCCGCUGCGUUCCCCGCAUCCCGCCCACAGCUCUCUCGCGCCUGAACGCGUCCCAGGCCGUCGCUCGCCCGGCCGCCGUCGCCGACGAGAAGCUGGUCGUCCUCGAGCCCUUCGUGCCCCUCCCCGAAGGCCUUGCGGACCUCUCGCCCAAGGACGAAGCUCCCACCGCCGCUGCUACCAAGCAGGACGACCGCAACGUGGACAUCUGGGCGGUCGUCUUUGGCAAGCCCGAGAUCUAAACCCUCGUAUAUUGUUUAUUUAUAUAUAGUUUUGACACGAAUAAUCCAAGAGUUAAAGAGUAUGCUAGCGUGAA